CAAAAUUCCAAUCUUUCUCCAAAGCAACAACAAUGCCCAACCACCACCAUCAUCACCAUCAUCAUCACCACCACCUUCCAUUGCUCCUCCUCUCACUCCUCGUCCUCCUCCUCCUUCCCCCAACCUCCUCCUCCUCCUCCUCAUCUCCUUCCGAUUCUUCCUCUCUCCUCGCCUUCAAAUCCAAAGUAGACCCAACCAACCUCCUCAACUUCUCCACCACCACCAACCACUGCCAUUGGCCCGGCGUUCAAUGCUCCAACUUUGGGGGAGAACCCAGAGUCACACGCCUCGUCCUUGAAUACCUCGGCCUCAAUGGCACAUUCCCCAGCGCCGCCGCCGCCGCCCUCGCCGGACUGGAUCAGCUCCGUUUGCUCAGCCUCAAGGGUAACUCCCUCUCCGGCCAUAUCCCUGAUCUUUCCCCUUUGUACAAUCUCAAAGCCCUUUUCCUCGAUCACAACCACUUCUCUGGUGGCUUCCCCAGCUCACUCCUCAGUCUUCAUCGUCUUCGCACUAUUGACCUCUCUUACAACUCUCUCUCCGGUCCUAUUCCCGCCGCCAUCGCCGGCGUUGAUCGGCUUAUCUAUCUCCGGCUUGAUUCCAAUCGGUUGAAUGGAUCUGUUCCGGCGAUGAACCAGUCGUCUCUGAAGAUCUUCAAUGUGUCUGCGAAUGAGCUUACUGGGCCAGUGCCUGUCACUCUGGUGCUUACUGGUUUUGGGGUUUCUAGCUUUGCUGGAAACCCUAGGCUUUGUGGGGUGGCUGUAAGGAGAGAAUGCAGGUCGAAUUUUUUGUUUUUUGGUGGUAAGCCAGCGGGGAUUGCGCCAUCGCCGGCGCCGAUGAUGCGGCAGCAGCUACCUGAGGUUCUUCGGCCGAGCUCGGGAUCGAAUCCUGUUAAGCUGCAUAGAAGGGUUAUGGUUGCUGUUGGCUUCUUGGCUGGGGCUUUCCUUAUCAUUGGUGUGGUUGGGGUCUCAGUUCUGAUGAAGAGGAACAGAAUGGGGCAGGGAAAAGGGCAGGUUUUGGCUGCAGUAAAGAAUGCAGAUGAUGUGUUUGUUGAAAAUUCCAGCAGAGGAAUGGAUGAUAAUGGUGCUGAUUUGGAAGCCAAUGAAGGUGGUGGCAACAAUGAAUUGGUUGUUGCCUCGGCGAUGAUGCCGGAGGACAAGGUGAAGAAGCUUGGAAAGAGUGGGUGUCUGGUGUUUUGUGCAGGUGAAGCACAGGUGUAUUCAUUGGAGCAGCUUAUGCGGGCUUCUGCGGAGUUGCUCGGGAGGGGGAAUAUUGGGACGACGUAUAAGGCGGUAUUGGAUAACCGGUUGAUUGUUAGUGUUAAGAGGCUGGAUGCAGCUAAGUUGGGAAUGACCGGGAAGGAGGCGUUCGAAAGGCAUAUGGAUGUGGUGGGCAGACUCCGGCACCCUAAUUUGGUUCCGCUUCGGGCUUAUUUCCAUGCAAAGCAGGAGAGGUUGCUUGUGUAUGAUUACCAACCUAAUGGGAGUCUCUUCUCCCUCAUUCAUGGUUCAAGAUCAACUCGAGCAAAAUCUCUUCACUGGACAUCAUGUUUGAAGAUAGCUGAAGAUGUAGCACAGGGCCUUGCAUACAUUCACCAAGCUUCCAGACUGGUCCACGGCAACAUCAAGUCUUCCAAUGUGCUCCUUGGAUCAGAUUUUGAGGCUUGCCUGACCGACAACUGCCUUUCAUUCCUUGUAGAGCCAUCUGAAGGCGAGGAUGAACUGGGAUACAGAGCACCAGAAACCCGGAAAUCAAAUCGGCGUUUAACCCCAAGAUCAGAUAUCUAUGCAUUCGGUGUCCUACUCCUCGAGCUUCUCACCGGCAAGCCUCCAUUGCAGCAUCCAGUCCUACUUGGAACUGACUUGCCGGUUUGGGUCCGAUCUGUGAGGGAUGAUGGUGCUGAAGACGAGCGGGUUAUGAUGCUUGUCGACAUCGCAGCGGCCUGUGUCCGAUCUUCUCCCGACAGCAGGCCUACCACAUGGCAAGUGCUAAAAAUGAUUCAGGAAGUGAAGGAGACGGACAACGGCGACGAAGAUAUGGACUCUGCAUCUCUCUCAUAGUUUUUCUACCGAUAUCAAAGCCAAUGUACACGAAACUAAGGUCUACCUCUAAUGGACCUCCAAGAUAUGCAUGCAUUGCCGGAAACAAGGAUGAAUUCACAGCGAGUAACUUUGGUACUGUUUGAGAUGAUCAUCUACGCAUGUUAUUGUAGUUUAAGGAUGAAUAGGUUCGGUUUCGGUCACGUUUAAUCAUCUCAUAAUUACUAACUUGUAAUGCUACUGUUUUGCAAUUUCUAGUAGAGAUAUAAAUAUUAAAUAAUGACAAGCUUUUUA